AGCCAAGGAGGGCAUGCAGGCAGCCUCACUGCACGGAGCAGGCCCUUCCCCUCUCACUGGCCACCGCUGCUCCCCCCUGCACACAUGGCGGUGGCUGUGCCGGCUUCCCCACUGCUGGGAGCCGAGGUGGGCGAGCAGAGCAGGCUCCUCACCACUUGCUGCCUUGGCCACCACUUGCUGCUGCUCCACCACCCCCAUGGUGUGGCCCAGCAGGAGGCUGGAGCCCAGCGGUUUGUGGUGGAUCUGGGCAAAGACCAGGACAACCUAGUGCUUCGCUUCAAUCCACACUUUAACAGCCUUGGGGAUAUGAACACCAUUGUCUGGAACUCCAAGCAAGAUGGGAUAUGGGGAGAAAAGCAAGAAGCAGAAAUCGCUUUCCACCCAGGGGACAAAAUUAAGGUCUGCUUCACCUUUGGUACUUCUGGGGUGCAAGUGAACAUGUUCCCUCUUGAGAUGGUGCAAGUGGCAGAAAGUUACCUAAUGAGAUUGAAAAAGCAAGGAAUUGAUGCAAAAUAUGAUCGUUUGCUGCGGGACGUGGAGCUUAUCUUCCCCAACCGACUGGGCCUAAAAGCCAUCGAGUAUCUGUCUGUUCAGGGAAGCAUCAAAAUAGGAGGUCUGAAAUUUACCUUAGUAUGUGGUUGAAUAAAGUCAAUUGUGUUCCUCAAACCA